AAGAAAAAAUGCAGUUUUCUGCCUUCCUUAACGAGAUUACACGGCAAGUGCUCAGCCCAAUGAGACUUACCUCUCUUGGGGUCACAGAUGCUCAAAGACCCUGGAGCCCAGGACAGGUCUCCACCAGAUCCAGGGAGACAGACAGUAGCACUGACAAACCCAGACAGCAGAGAAGUCGUGCUGCAAGUGCAGACUCAAUUAGCUCAAGCAGACAUUCCCAUACUAGCAAGCAUUCUAAGUCUUCUCGUCUGUCUCACUCUAAAGCUUCCCAUCAUCCCGGUGUCUGCUCUGACAGUCCAUCUGGUCAUCCAAAGCACAGACGUAGAAGCUGUCGCUCAAGAUCUCCAGCUCGUGAGCAUCAAUCUCGAUUGCCUUCUCGAAAGCACUACCACCGCCAUCGUUCCACUCACCAUAACAAUGAAGAUUGCAACAGUCCAGGUCAUCACCAACAUGAAAGAUAUGGCCAUACUACUAGUCAUCACCAUCACCAUAGACACCACAAUGCACCACAUUGCCAUCGGUCUGGAGACAAAAAUCAUGAAGAUAAUUGUAGCCCAACUCAUCAUCAUCAUGAAGACCAUCAUAGUUCAAAUCAUCGCUAUCACAGCCAUUCAAGCUCACGGCCUACCACUCCUCAUCUGCAUAGACGUCACAGUUCAACCAGUGACAUUGGAGAUCCUCACAGUCCAACACGUCCACAUCACCAUAGUGAGCACAAGGAUAGGCCUCAUCCCUAUGAAACCCACCAGCACUACCAUGUGGACUCCCAUAAAGAAGCUAAUCAGCAUCAUCAUGGAGACCACCACAAUCCAGGCCAUCAUCACCAUGGAAGGCACCAAAGUCCUGGGCAUCGUCAUCAUCAUCAUGGGGACCACCAUGGUACAGGUCACCAUCAUCAUGGCGACCACAAUAGCCCAGGUCACCAUCAUCAUGGCGACCAUCAUCAUGGCGACCAUCACCAUGACGACCACCACAAUCCAGGUCACCAUCACCAUGACUACCACCACAAUCCAGGUCACCAUCACCAUGGCGACCACCACAGUGCAGGUCACCAUCAUCAUGGAAAUCUCCACAGUGCAGGCCAUCAUCAAGAUGCAGAACGCCACCACCAUGGAGAUGACCACAAUCCAGGCCACCAUCAUCAUGAAGAUCACCACAAUCCAGGCCACCAUCAUCAUGAAGAUCACCACAGUCCAGGCCACCAUCAUCAUGAAGAUCACCACAGUCCAGGCCACCAUCAUGACACAGAGCACCACAGUCCAGCCCACCGUGACCAUGAUGUUGACCACUACAAUCUGGAUCACCAUCAUCAUGGUGACCACCACAGUCCAGGCCGUCAUCCUCAUGUUAACCAUCGUAAUCUGGGUCACCUUCAUCAUGGUGGCCAUCACAGUCCAAGCCAUCAUCAUCACCACCAAGACUACCACAGCCCAAGCCAUCAUCAUCAUCAUCAAGACGACAGUCCAGGACAUCAUCAUGACACAGGCCUCCACAAUUCAGACCACCAUCAUCAUGGAGCUCACCAUAGUCCAGACCAUCAUCAUCACCCUAAACACCCUCACAGUCCUGACCACAGCCACACUCCAGGUCAUCAUUCUCAUCAUAAAAUCCACCACAGUCCAGACCACCAUCAUAGAGACUACCCAAGUUCAGGCCAGCAUCAUGCAGACCACCAUGGUCCAGUCCACCAUGAACAUGAAGACCAUCACAGUCCAAGCCAUCAUCACAGGGUUCAUCACAGUGAAGGCCAGAAUCAUGGGGACCAGCAUAAUCUAGACCAUCGUAAUUAUGGAGACCAGAACACUCCAGGUCAUAAUCAUGGACAUGACCAAAGUCCAGGCCAUCAUCAUAAAGUACACCACAA